UAUUGGAUGAAACAGCAACAGCUGAUUUAUGUCAAGUGCACGACUAAAAUAAACCGUACUAUAUAUGUGUUUGUUUGUGUGCAUCGGUGUUGACCACUUGAUAGAUAUAUUUUUAAUUGGUGUUCUUACUUGAAGUUCUUCUGGGUGUUUUUCAUGUCGAUGAAUGAAUAUCACCUUCAACAUGCUAAUAUAAACGGUAUAAAAUUCAUAUAGGUUGGUUUUAUAAUAUUCUGUAGGAUUGGCUCCCGCAUUUCCGUAAGGUAUUGUUAUGCAUGGUAGGUUGUCAUAUUAGUGAGGUUAUGCGUUCUGUGUUAAGCGUCUUAUAAUCAAAACUACUGGAAAGACAUGCGUUUUUUAUUCAAUACUUAAGAAACGAAAAUCCAACAUGCGUCAUCUCAUCGUCUGUGGCGAAGCAAAGAAGCAGAAGACAAAUCCAGUACAAGAGCAUCAGCCCCCAAGACCGCCACGAAGGGCAGGUCAAGAUCAUACAGUGCUGCGUACAGUCGUAGGCGAAUCUUCACUGGCAGUACAGAAUUUUGAAAUCGAUUCUGUUCAGAAUCCUGGUCCCAUACCGACUGUUCCUGUCAUUCCAGAAGUUCCGAUGAUGGAUCAUUUUAUGGCUAAUGAUAUGCAAGAAGAACAGAUUUCCAAUGCAGACAUGUCAACAAUUGUUGAUAAUGGAAGUGCUAUAACAUUUAAUAGGGUGUCCUGGCUACCAAGUGGAGUACUAAAAAAUGUUGCAACUUCUGGAGAUUAUUGGCACAAAUUUACAGUGCUUAGAGGAGCUGGUUAUUCUAAACUGGAAAUCAUGCACGCCCUGCUUGAUGUUGUACAGCCCCAAAUAAUUGCUCCAGUCAUGUAUCGACGGGAGGGAAGUUCAGCAACUUUCUUUGCUCGAAAUUGUCUGGCUGCUUUCUUGAAGCUGACUCGGGCUAACCUGCAGAUACAAGUGAACUCUUCUGGUCCAUUUGGGCCAUCAGUGCAAACACUGGACAUGGAAAUAACACUUCGCCACACCCAUGUGCAAGAUCUCCGUCUUCAUCUUCAUGACCACUUGGCGGCGUGUAUUGCGCGUCGUCAUGAUAAAGCUUUGAAAGCUCUUGACCUCUCAGCCUUUCACAUGGAUCCAGAACUCUCUGAAGUAGUGUUUUGGUCUUUGUGGGUUCCCAAAGCAUUUGUUUAUGUACUAAACAUGCUGAAGGUUCGGACUAGUGCUAUCCGGUGCUUGUAUUUAGCUGAUAAUGAGAUAACUGAACUUCCUAAAUUUAUCAUUCUUUCAAAACUGGAAGUAGUGGAUCUUUCUUCAAAUAAGAUUUCAAAUAUGAAUGUUCUGAAAACUUUCAAUGGUUUGAACCUAUUAGAAAUCUCUCUUGAUCGCAACCCAGUUUGUGCUCAAUAUCAUGAUGAACGUUCUUAUAUUCAAGCCAUUAAAGAAAUGGUGCCUACAAUUAAGAAGAUUGAUGGUGUGUACCUGACUCGACCUGAACUGCCUGUGUGGCGUCGCAACUAUGUGCCCCCUGGACAGCCUGAAUGCAUAGCUUUGGUGGACCAGUUCUUGCAGCACUAUUUCACCUUAUUGGACGGUGAUGAUCGGCAAAGACUGAGAGGCAUGUACCAUCCAGAUGCCCUGUUCUCUCUCACUUGCAACUACGUCCCAGGCCAGAGUACCUCCAGUACAGCAAGAUUAACACGAUACACACUGGAGAGCCGCAAUCUUCUCCGUCUUUCAGAUUAUUCCAAAAGUCAGCAGUUGCUCAGUCAAGGAGCCGAGGAAGUGUUGUCUGCACUCUGUCGUCUUCCUCGAACAGAGCAUGAUCCAUACUCUUUUGCUGUGGAUUUGCCCUAUUACACACAAGAAACAGCAGUGAUUGUUGUGUCAGGAGUAUUCCGAGAACCUUCCAUGAUGAAUGAAAAUUUGAUAAGGGCCUUCAGUCGGACAUUUGUCUUGCACAAAGUUGCCAGUAAAGAAUAUCAAAUUGUAAAUGAGAUGCUAACAGUGUCCAAUGCUUCAACAAAACAAGCAGAGGAGUCAUUCCAGUACCCCAAACCAAAGGUUUCAUUGGCGAAACUGUCUUUCAAUCCUGCUCAAGAUUUAACUGACGCUGAUCGGAAACAGAUGACAAGGAUAUUGUCACGAUUGACAGAGAUGAAUCAACAGUGGGCACAAAAGUGCCUGGAACAGUCCAAGUGGGACAUCAAAUGGGCACUUGUGGUUUUCACAGAGCUCCUAAAGAUGAACAAGUUGCCUGGAGAAGCAUUUGAGUUGGAGGAAGACAAAGCGGUGGAGAAAAAAUAGUUAUUUUACGUAUUUAUUUUUUGUUUGUCAACGUUGUAAUUGUCAAAAUAAACAUUACAAAAAACUUAAUCAAAGUAUGUUACAUAUGAGGGGUGCAAUUUCCCCACUAGCGGUUAAUAAACUAAUCUCAUAAAAUUUUACAAUACACUGUAAAAAUUAUCUCAACUAAAAUAAGGUGCCUAUCUUGGCAAUUUCAAUGCAAAUAGUUCUUUACAGAGAAUUAUUGGUACUGGCUUAAGUACAAGAGAUUCUUCUAAGAUUCCUCCUCACUUAGCACAUUUUUCUUCAAUAAGUGAGUUUUAAUUUUUAAUAGUCCAGCCCUGUUUAAAUGAAUUAAAUCAGGUCGUCGCUGCAAUCUGUCGUACCAUCUUUCAAAAUAGCUCAUAUUGCAAUAAUCAUCUUCCUCCAGGAAAAGUUUAGAAAUAUCUUCGACAGUGACAUUUUCACGUUUAAUACCUAAAGUUUUGAUGAAACCAUUGUAGCUAUUAAAUUUAUACCAAAACCUCCCAUCGUUCUCUAACUUUGGAAUUGGAGGUAAAGUCAAUAUAACUAUUCUCUUGGCUCUCUCAUCAAGAAGAUCCAAUAAUUCUACCAAUGAAUCUAUCAUAUCAUCUGCAGAAGCACCCUGCAAAAUAUUAUUAGUUCCAAUCAAAAGAAUGAUUUUUUCUCCAACUGGAGAAAAUUUGUUUUCUACACGCUCCUUUAAUUCUUCAAUUGUUUGGCCACUCACACAUAAACCUAGAUACCGCAUUCCAUUACCAUAAAUACAUCUCUCAAAGAGAACUUGUUCGGCGAACCGUAGUAAUAGGCUGUCUCCUACUAGCUGAUAGCCGUCCAAUAAAGGAUGCGGUGAAAUUUUUCGCUUCUUUACAAUAGAUGCAUAAGAAUCAUCAUUAAAACUGUUUGAAGGAGAGCAUGCCCUCUUUUCAGAAAAUGAUCUAUGGUGCAGACGUUUCCCAAGCGGUGUCUUCGUUUCAUAGCCAUAAUCAAAAGAAGAACGAUGCCUUCGGUGUUCCUUCUCACUCAUACUAGUCAUUUAAUGCUAAAUGUGCGAUGACACUACCACACGUUUCCUGUCUCACGUUCAUAAGCGUUGACCAAACUCUAUAACAAAAUUCGUCAGCAGUCUCUACGUAUAUCGCGCCCAAAUUUGCAGAGCCUCGUUCACGCUCGUUCACAAC